AUGGCCGGAAACAGUGGUGAUUACGGCCAGAUCAUUGAGUAUAUCCAAGAUCGUCUUUACUUGGCUUCCUAUGACGACGCACCGGAUGCGAGAACUCCAUUCCCAUAUCCUUCCGAGCAACCUAAGUCUCCAAGCAAGCGCUCCGCGAGAGCUCAGCCGAACACCCCCAGUAGGAAGAGGCGAAGCCCCGUGUAUUUCACGGUCGAUGAUACCUUGCUUUACAACUCUUUCCAUGCAGACUUCGGCCCGCUCCACAUAGGUCACCUGUACCGGUUUGCGGUUCAUUUCCAUGAGAUCCUGGGCGACCCGGCCAACAGUGAUCGCCCAGUGGUGUUCUACUCGAAGCCUGACGCCCGGAGUCGUGCCAAUGCAGCAUGUCUUGUUGCUUGCUACAUGGUCCUCAUCCAAUCAUGGCCGCCUCAUUUGGCCUUGGCUCCGAUUGCGCAGGCUGAUCCUCCGUAUAUGCCAUUCCGAGAUGCCGGGUACAGUCAGGCAGAUUUCACUCUGACCAUUCAAGAUGUGGUUUAUGGAGUAUGGAAAGCAAAGGAGCAGUCACUGUGUGGCUUGAGGGAGUUUAGUCUUGAAGAGUAUGAGAAAUACGAACGUGUCGAUAUGGGUGACUUCAACUGGAUAACACCUGACUUCUUGGCCUUUGCUUCGCCGCAGCACGAACCGAUUGCCCCGAUUUCUCCUAAUACCCCCGAAUAUGCCGCAUUACCCUCUACAAUCUCCCAAGUCCAUGCAUCCAAAUUACCUCUUCCUUUCAAAAAUGUGUUGGCCCACUUCGCGUCACGAGACAUUGGACUGGUUGUGCGAUUGAAUUCUGAAUUGUACUCGCCUUCAUACUUUACGGCCUUGGGCAUUACUCACAUCGACAUGAUUUUUGAAGACGGCACUUGCCCUUCUCUACCAUUGGUCCGACGAUUCAUCAAAAUGGCCCAUGACAUGAUUACGGUCAAGAAGAAGGGAAUUGCUGUGCACUGCAAAGCUGGCCUUGGCCGGACGGGCUGUCUGAUUGGCGCAUAUCUUAUUUACCGAUAUGGAUUUACUGCCAAUGAGAUUAUUGCAUUCAUGAGGUUCAUGCGCCCUGGCAUGGUGGUUGGCCCACAACAACACUGGCUGCAUUUGAACCAAGGUGCAUUCCGUGAAUGGUGGUUCGAGGACAGCAUGAAGGAGAAGUUGGCACAAAUGCAGGCAGCUCCGGUCACGCCCGGCCGUCCAUCCACCAAGCAGCGUGCGAACAACGGCCCUGUCGCUACUCCUCCAAAUAACGGUCACUCAAAGCGCGCCGCAUUGGGUGAAAUCGAUCACAAUGAGGCUGCUGGAGCACAGCACGACGAGAAUCUCCCGGCCCCAACACCCGGCCAGCCUAGGAAAUCGCACAGGAAAGACUCCCGUCACCACCCCUACGCCCGCACGACAUCUGGCAGCCUGGUAGUUGACAAGGAGGCGAAAACCAGAGAACACUCAGCGCACAGAAGCCAGCGUCUUAGCAGUGAUAGCAGCGAGAGUGAAGAGGAGAUUCAACUUCGCAUGCUUGCGAAGCGUUCGUCGAAGUCACCAGUGGCAUCCCCAAGCCCGCGGUCCGUUAGCUACUCGGCAACAUUGACCACGAGCUACACAUUGAAUGAUGGCAUUCAUGAGGAUAGGGAAAACUGGGGUGACGCUGCAUAUGCCGCACCGAAGACCCCAUUGAGCUCUAAGACUGGGGUAUCCGUUGCCAAGGUCCGCACCAGCCCUCGCCGUGUUACGGACAGCCGGAGCGAGACCAGAGGCGUCCGCAAGACUAGUGCCGAAUCGGCAGUGCCGGCAGCCCAACUCGCGUGA